GUCCAUUGUUUGGCGCCACCUCAGUUGCUCUUCUUCACUCCUCAACCCCAACCAGAUAUUGUUGGCGGUUACAGCUUCUCUCCCCUUUUUCUCCCAUCUCCUUCAACCCAAGCAUAUGCCUCUCGCAUCUUUUUCUUAUCCCUUCUCCAUUUUCAAUUUUAAUUUCAGUUCCCUCUGCAAAAUUCUCACACUCCCUCUCUCUGCUGUCAACAAUGGCGCAGGCGACGCCUGUGCUUCACCAUAACCACCAUUUCCCUCUCUCCUUCACUUCCAAAACCUUGUAUUUUCCACCUUGCCUCACUAGACCUCUCCUCUCUCUCCCUUCCUCUCACUUCUCUUCGUCUUCUUCCUAUGCUGCUGCUUCUUCCUCUUCUCGUUCCCUGCAUAUACCUCGGGUCUCCACAGCUCCGCUUGAGUACGCGCCACCAGCUCCGGAAUAUGGUUUCCAACAGGAGAUUCUUCGGCUGAGAACUCUUUGUGCUAAGCUCUCUGCUCGGAAGAGCGUCAAGGAGAAGUUGAAAGUGAUUGACCGUGAUUCCAGAGUGAAACAAUUCUUCAAUUCCCGCCGAAACUGGUUCUAUAGGGUUUUUCCUGCGCUCAAUUUGGAACUCUACGAGUGUUUCUUGCUCAAAUGUUUGGUUGCGGCGGGGCAAGAACACGUGCUUAGUUUAGGGAUUGAGUCUGUGGAGGGUGAAUUUGAGACGGCGAGGGGUGUGGUGAAGCAUGCGCUUUAUUCUUUGGUGGACAUGAUUGAGAAGUUGGAUGUAAAUGGCAAUGGUGGUGGUGAGAGCUAUGGGAAGGGGGAAACGGUUAUGGAGGAGGAAGAGUUUAGGGACUUGAAGAAGCUCUUGAUGGAUUUAGGAGAAAUCGAAAAAUUUUACGAUUGCAUUGGAGGAAUCAUCGGGUAUCAGAUUAAAGUUCUAGAGCUUCUUACCUGUUCAAAACCUGAAAGAUAUCCAAAGAAUUGGUCUGGACAAAAAAAUCAAGCAAUGGAAUGUGAAUUUUUGGAGAUUCAUUCACCCAAUGGACCUGAUCUUUCUCAAAAUAUAGAUUAUGCAUCUCAAGCAGCAUUGUGGGGAAUUGAGAGUUUACCCGAGUUGGGUGAGAUUUAUCCUUUGGGAGGUGCUGCUGAUAGGCUUGGUUUGGUAGAUCCUGAAACAGGAGAGUGUCUUCCUGCUGCAAUGCUUUCUUAUUGUGGUAGGACUUUAUUGGAAGGUCUUAUAAGAGAUCUUCAGGCUAGAGAAUUCUUGUACAACAAGAUCUAUGGGAAGCAAUGUAUUACACCUGUCGCAAUCAUGACAAGUUCAGCAAAGAAUAACCACAAAAGGAUCAUGUCUCUUUGUGAAAGACUUGGAUGGUUUGGAAGGGGUCGGUCAAAUUUCCAACUCUUUGAACAGCCUCUGGUUCCUGCCAUUGGUGCAGAUGAUGGAUUAUGGUUAGUUACAAAACCUUUUGCUCCUAUAUGCAAGCCUGGUGGUCAUGGUGUUAUAUGGAAGCUUGCACGUGAUAAAGGUAUCUUCAAGUGGUUUUAUGAUCAUGGAAGAAAAGGUGCUACGGUUAGGCAAGUAAGUAAUGUCGUGGCAGCUACAGAUCUGACCCUAUUGGCCUUGUCUGGAAUUGGAUUGCGGAACAAAAAGAAACUAGGCUUUGCAUCUUGUAAGAGGACUGCAGGCGCUACAGAAGGAAUCAAUGUUCUGAUUGAGAAGAAGAAUCUUGAUGGGAUGUGGGAAUACGGUUUGUCAUGCAUUGAGUACACUGAGUUUGACAAGUAUGGGAUCACAGAAGGACCUAGUUCCACAGUCAGUCUGCAGGAGCCAUUCCCUGCCAAUACAAACAUCUUAUACGUGGAUUUACAUUCUGUGGAGUCUGUGGUGUCAACUAAUAGUGAAAAGAGUUUGCCAGGAAUGGUGCUAAAUUUAAAAAAGCCUGUUACAUAUCUUGACCAUUUUGGAAGAAAGCAUAGUGUUCCUGGAGGUCGACUAGAAUGCACAAUGCAAAACAUUGCUGAUAGCUUCUUUAAAACAAGUUCAUCUCGAUGUUAUAACGAUGUAGAAGACAUACUGGGGACUUUCAUUGUGUACAAUGAGCGAAGAAGGGUCACAUCCUCGGCUAAAAGGAAAAGAAAGCAGGACAGUGCGUCCCUACACCAGACUCCAGAUGGUUCGCUUUUGGAUAUCUUGAGAAAUGCACGUGAUCUUCUAUCACCAUGUAAUAUUGAACUUCCUGUGGUUGAAGGUAACAACAAAUAUGUUGAUUCUGGGCCACCAUAUCUCAUCCUUCUACAUCCUGCACUUGGCCCACUUUGGGAGGUUGCUAGACAGAAGUUCUCUGGAGGUUCAAUAUCAGAGGGCUCUGAAUUGCAAGUUGAGGUUGCGGAGUUCCUGUGGAGGAAUGUUCAGCUUGAUGGGAGUCUGAUUGUACUGGCUGAAAAUGUCAUGGGCUCAUUGAAGAUUGAUGAAAACGGUGAAUCAUUAAUCCACUAUGGACAAAGGUGUGGAAGAUGUAAAUUGGAGAAUGUCAAGGUGCUGAAUAAAGGAAUUGUCUGGAAUGCUGAAGACAAUAUUUACUGGAAGCUCGAGGUGCAGCGGUCUGAGGGAUGCAAGAUCAUUUUGCAUGGAAAUGCUGAAUUUGAGGCCAUGAAUGUUGUUUUACAGGGUAAUCAUGUAUUUGAAGUUCCAGAUGGCUACAAACUGAAAAUAGCACCAGGAACUUCAGGUUUUGAAGCUCAGUUAGAUCCCAUUGAGCUUGAUAAGGUGGAUACCGGAACUUGGUGCUGGAACUACAAAAUACAGGAUUCUCAUAUCAAGCUGGAUUAUGUGGAGCUAUAGGUUGCCGAUGAAAUAACUUCACUAUGCCCUUUGUGAAUGCUUGUUCACAGAUGGUCUUCAGAAUAAUCAAGCUGUGCAGAUUGGUUUGGUUAAACAGAAGUUAACCACUUUCAUUCUUCCACACCCCCACCCCCAAAAAAAUCUCCAAUUUUUUUUGUAUAUUCCUGUAAAUUAAAUGUAAAGAUAUAGAUGUUGAGUAAUGAAGUUGUUUGCAUCGGAUUCCAUGAUGAAAUUGAAAGCUCCAUUCUUCAUGAA